GAGCGCACCGCGGAAACUCUCCAAAGAGUUUUCAGCUCGUGCUUCAGGACUGCACCGGGUGAAAGGAGACAGAAAAAAAGUUUCAGACAAACUAAACUGAGCCGCGGAGAGCGUCGGGAAUGGCGAAGGGGCGGAAUGGUCCUCCAGCCGCGCAGCACAUGUGAGCCAAGAGGCCACCGGUAACGUUUUUAAAAAAAAAAAAAAAAAAUCCAAAGGAGACGGCAGUGAAAAGAGAGCACACGGGAGAGACAUCUAGGAGAGAGCCGACUGUCCGGACAGUCCCCUGUCACCUCGACACGAUGGUCUGUCUGCCGGGAUUCAGCUGGGUGUUCCUGAGCGCUCUCCUGCACACUGUGGCACCCUGGGGCGCACACCGACCGGACAGACCGAGGCAGUGCGACGCACCGAAGUCGCAAAGCGACAUGAACUCUUUCCUGUGGAGAGUAAAGCGUGCGCCUCCUCACCCACCUUCUUACUUAUUCGGUACCAUCCACGUGCCCUACACUCGAGUCUGGGACUUUAUCCCCGAAAGGUCCAAGCAGGCUUUUCACAACAGCCGCAACGUGUUUUUUGAGCUGGACCUCACAGACCCGCUGACCAUCUCCAAGCUGACCAGCUGCCAGCUGCUGCCCCACGGGGAGAACCUGCAGACGCUGCUACCUCGAGACUUAUACCGCCGUCUCAAACGCCACCUGGACUACGUCAAACACAUGAUGCCUUACUGGAUGACCGCUGACCAGCGUGGCCGAGGCCUGUACGCUGACUACCUGUUCAACGCCAUUGCAGGGAACUGGGAGAGGAAAAGACCAGUGUGGGUGAUGCUGAUGGUGAACUCUUUGACGGAGUGGGACGUUCGGUCCAGGGGGACGCCUGUGCUGGACCUGUUCUUGGCUCAAGAGGCAGAGAGGAUGGGGAAGACGACAGGGGCGGUGGAGCGGGUGGAGGAACAGUGUCACCCUCUCAACGGGCUCAACUUCUCUCAGGUGCUGUUUGCUUUGAACCAGACGCUGCUGCAGCACGAGGGCGUCCGAGCAGGCAGCCUGCAGGGCUCCUACACCACUGAGGACCUCAUUACCCACUAUAACUGUGGAGACCUCAGCUCCAUCAUCUUCAACCAUGACACCUCACAGCUGCCUCACUUCAUCAACAGCUCCCUGCCAGCUCAUGACCGCAUGACGGCCCUGCAGAUCGACAGCUACUUCCGCCAGGAGCUCAUCUACAAACGCAAUGAGCGAAUGGCUCGCCGUGUAUCCGCCUUGCUGCAGAGAAAUCCCAACCAGACGUACUUUUUUGCAUUUGGUGCAGGUCACUUCCUGGGUAACCACAGUGUGCUGGACAUCCUGAGGCAGGAGGGCUAUGAGAUUGUCCACAUGCCACCUGAUCAUCAAGAGCCAGUCACAGAGAGCAAACCAGCUAAGAAGCCCGCAGUGUGGUCCAGCGAGGAGAGCACCGACAGCAGCACGACGUCUCCAGACAGCUGGCCAACUACUCCACCAGAGAUGGAGGUGGAGCUGGAAGACCCAGAGAACAUGCCCGGCCUUGGAGACGAGGAGCUGCCUCACAUUCCUCCCGACAGCCUGAGUCAGCUGGAGGAAUUCGGACGGCACAAGCGGCCACGCAAAGCUCACCGCGGCCACGGGAGGCCCCGCCUCUUCAGUGACCUGUGGGUUCGCAUCGGAGAUAGCACCACUCCAUAUACGCCUAACGUGAGGAUAAUCAACGGCUAUGUGACAGUGGAGCCUCCGCUGACCCAUCAAGAGCAGCACCACGGGAUGGAGAUCUCCGCCGCAGAGCGACAUCCCAGCCCAGCCUCCUCCACUCCACCCGCCCAAUCCCAGCUCAGCCCAGCCGGCUCGGUCCACAGCACACUCACACUGUCUUGUAUUUUAGCCUGGCUAUUAUCACACAUGCUGUUCACCUCCUGACCACAAGACAGCGUUAUCUCACAGACAA